GAACUCGUUUUGGCCGAGCGGUCAGUUGGCUCAACCCCUCCCACCUCGGAGUCAGAGCACCAAAAUGAGGACCAGAGUGGCCGCCAAAAUGCUUUUACUGACCAGUCUUUCGGAUGACUUGAAGCGCAUUAUAGGUAGUGAGACGAGUCGUAAGGGCCUGAUGUGUGUCUUCGAGAUGUUUCAACACGAAAACCUCAACCGAAGACUCGUUUUAGUGCUAUUCGAAGGCAUUCUUCAGCAGUUAUUCCCAGACAAUCAUUUCGAGCAAAUAUUUCAAAAACUGCACUCAAAGUCGACGAGAAUUCCCGAGUCGGAGAAGAAGGCCAACAAUUGGCCGCCAUAUCUCUAUCGCUUCCUAGGAGUGGACAAGUCUUGUGCUAAAUCUCCCACAAAGUCACCCAUUCAUAGGCGAAAGAAGACAUAAUAUUUGUUAUCAAUUAGUUUUGGUUAAUAUAUGACUGAUUGUGUGAUCUUUUAUUUAUAUGAAUACUGAUUAGCAGUUUGUUUAAGUGUUUUAAAUGUAUAUUUUGAUUGACUAGUCGUUGUGGC